UGCAAAACACAACCUUAUCGCUUCUUGCCUCUCUGGUAACUGGUAAGAAGAGUUUCUGGAUGGGGCUCUGUCGGGUUGAGUUUCUGAAUUUAGCAACUACCUAAUAGGAUUUGGUAGCAGUGUUGAUUUCUCAUUUGCGGUUUGCUAUCUGCGCGAACUUCGGAAGAGACUUAAGAAAAGUGAAGUAGCUGCCAGAAGUGAAUGGCAGGUGUGCCACUGUCAUCUUUGUCCUGCCUGUACAAGAUUGACCAUGGUAAUGAGAAGUCGACUUUGGUGUGUAAGCUUUGCAGACAUGUACAGAUAAAUGACUGCCUUAAAGUGGAGAAAACCAUGGAAUCCUCUUCAUUUACGGGAACCACUGCCUUAAAACCAUCAUCGUUGGUUUUUCCCAUUAUAAAAAUUUGCCAAUUUCCAGUUACAAAACAUCCCCAAAAUCAAGCUCGAUCAUUAUACUUGGUACCCCUAUAUGCCACCUUGAACAGCCCAAGAGGCUUUGGACCCCCACCAAAGAAGAAUAAGAAGACAAAGAAGUCGAAGAGUGGUGAUGUCAAAGAAGAAGAAGAAGAUGAUGAUGAAGCAGAAGAAGAGUUUGAACCGGAGGCAGGCGUAAUACCGGAGAUAGUGACCAACAGGAUGAUCGGCAGAAUGGGUUACUCAGUUGGAAUCCCACUGUUCAUAGGGCUCCUGUUUUUCCCAUUCUUCUACUAUGUCAAGGUUGUUUUAAAAAUUGAUGUCCCAACAUGGGUGCCCUUCAUUGUUUCCUUCUUCUUCUUUGGGACUGCCCUGUUAGGGGUGAGUUAUGGCAUUGUGUCCUCUAGUUGGGAUCCAUUGAGGGAAGGCUCACUCUUAGGAUGGAACGAGGCUCAGAAGAACUGGCCCGUUUUUUGGCAAUCGAUUUGGGGUGGAUCACGUAAGAAGUAGUACAAUACUCCUGUUCUGAUGCCUCUGAUACUUUCUCCUUGAUGUUUUUUAUUCUCAAACAGUAAAGUAACUUUUAAUGAAGUUGAACCUGUAAAAUUCACAUUCUUAUGUGCAGAAAUCUAUAUAUUUUUGGAAUGGAGCUAUGUCUCGUACUUUGGAGGAGCAUCUUAAGGUGGACUGGCUGCCAAAAGGAAUGCAGCAAGAUAGUCCCCUGGUUCUACUGUUCUUUUUACCUCUCUACUUUUUGGGAAUUGUCCUAGGCCUGCUCAGAAUCUCUCUCAGCCUACCAACCUUGACCCAAAUCUGUGCUGCAUGGUGCUUAUCUACUUAUAGUAAUAUGUUAUAAUUGGGUCUUUUCUUCUCCAAAUUCCUCUUCUUUUCGUCCUAUGUUUCUUGUCUUGAUCAGGCCCAUGGACACUAACCUGCAAGAAAGAAAUCAAAGAAUCUAGGUUGCUUGCUUCCAAUUCAAUUUAUCAUGAGUAAAACGCUGUAUCAAUAGUACUUUUUGUUGCGUUACCAGAUAAUUGCUUUACCAAUUCAAUGUUAAUUGCUGGACAAUUUCCAAUGUACAAAAUGAGACCAGCAGGGUUGAAAUUAUUCCCCCAGAAAUUCUGUUUCUCCAAGCAUGAAAAAAGGCUUCUUUUAGUGAAGGGUACAGUACCGAUAGCCUUUAUUUUGUUGCGUCCAUUGAUUAAAUUUGAAAUAAAGGAACAUUUUCUGGAGCUAUCCUGUUAAAAGAGAUGCAGGCAGCUUGAAAUUCCAAUU